AUGAAUUCAACACAGAAACAACAAAGUGAUGGCCAAACAUUACGUGACAAACCUCAACAACGUACAAAUCAAUCUCAACAUUUGCAUCCAUCGGCACAAUAUCGACAGCACGAUGUGGGACAAUCGUACUCACAAGCCUUGACAAAUACGUUACCAGCCAAUAAUCCAUUUGCACCACCGACGUAUCAGAAUAGCAAAAACAAUUAUGCAUCAUCGCACCAGCUGAAUCAACAACUCCCCACAGUGCCACAACCAGCAUUAAUGGCGUCGAGUUCAAUACUCACACUAGGACCAUUCAAACAUCGAAAAGAUAUGACUCGAGAUUCAGUGCUUUCCACCUAUCAAAUUUUGGGCUAUAUAGCUGCCGGUACAUAUGGUAAGGUUUACAAAGCCAAACUUCGAACAAAUGCAAAUAAUACAAAAGAUGGCGAAGAAAGGGGGAAGUUCGGUGUGAUACAUGGAGGCUUAGCCGAUGGAGGUAAUGGCGUGGGUCCUAAUGAUGGCGAUCGCAUUGGUAAAGCUAAUGCAAAUGACCAUAUUAAUGAGACCGACUCGAAGGAAGGGUCGGUUCCACCCGAUGAAAACUCCCUUGAAUCAUCGGGGCCAGUAAUACAGUACUAUGCCAUUAAAAAGUUCAAGAGUGAUAACCAUCAAAGCUCAAAUAGCAAGAACAAUACCGCUGGUAAUGGGAGUAAGAAUUUCAAUCGUGAAAUUGCCAAUGAGGCAGCACAAUACACUGGAAUCAGCCAAAGUGCCAUUCGGGAAAUGUCACUAUGUCGAGAAUUGAAUAACAAAAACAUUACUAAGUUAACAGACAUUAUUUUGGAAAACAAGAGCAUCUAUAUGAUUUUUGAAUUUUGUGAGCAUGAUUUGUUGCAAAUUAUACAUUAUCAUUCACAUCCAGAAUUGAAGCCAAUACCAUUACCGACAAUAAAGUCAUUAAUUUGGCAGAUACUUAAUGGUGUUACUUUUUUGCACAAGAAUUGGAUCUUUCAUCGAGAUUUGAAACCAGCCAACAUUAUGGUGACAUCGAAUGGAUGUGUCAAGAUUGGCGAUUUGGGAUUGGCGCGUAAAUUUAACAAUCCAUUGCAGAGUCUUUAUACUGGUGAUAAAGUUGUCGUUACAAUCUGGUAUCGAGCACCCGAGUUAUUAUUGGGGACUCGACAUUAUACUCCAGCGAUUGACUUGUGGGCAGUCGGGUGCAUAUUGGCAGAAUUGUUAUCAUUGCGACCCAUAUUCAAGGGAGAAGAGGCCAAGAUUGAUAUAAAUAAUAAAAAACUGGUUCCAUUUCAAAGAAAUCAAUUUCAAAAAAUCAUUGAGGUUAUGGGUACGCCCAAUUUGAAGAAUUGGCCAAGUUUGAACAAGUAUCCCGAAUUUGUUUCGUUUACUCAACAAAUCACACAAACUUACUCGUCAAAUUUAUCACAAUGGUACAAGAUGAUUGGUGGUGAGAAUAAACAAUGUUUAGAAUUGUUGUAUGGUUUGUUAAAGUAUGAUCCGGAAGUAAGAUUGACUGCAGAUCAAGCAUUGGUGCAUAAUUUCUUUUUGGAGUUACCCAAAGUGACUGAAAAUGCAUUUGAAGGGUUGAAUUUGAAAUAUCCUAAUCGAAAGAUUUAUGUUGAUGAUAGUGAUAUUGGCCAAAAUGGUGGGAAUAAUGCUGGGUUUAAACGUAAUAUUGGGUUUGAUGAGGGAGCAAACAAAAGGAAAAGGGUGUAG